CUUCAGCACACACAAUGCUAAAAGAACUAACUUUGUAUUUGUAAUGCCUCAGAUACAGAAAAUAACGGCUGAUUCGUUCAAUCUCAAACCUCUCUGCAAAUUGCAAUCCAUUCCACCAUUCCCAUGGCCGCUGGAGCUCCGCCUUCCGGGGUGGCUCUCUUCCUCUUCUUCGUAGUCGUCGUCAUCCUCGCCGCCGCUCCACCUUCUUCCUGCCAAUCCAAUUCUCCGCAGAACAUCCAGACCUUCUACCCCUAUCCCCUUCCCCCAGUCGGCAGGCCUCCGCCACAACAGCCGCCGUCAUCUCCGGCCCUGCUGCCUUCGCCGCCGCCUCCUGGGAAGUCAUCCUCCAAACAGGCGGUGGUCAAGGCGGUUGCCGCCACCGCGGCGAGCACUUUAGUGCUCUCCGUGUUGUUGUUCCUUUUCCUGCACAGGCAGUCCCGCCGGCGCAGUGACAGGAGGCCCCGGCCGAAUCCUUAUAGCAGGGAUGCGGCUGUGAAUCACGGGGAGUUCAAGAAAUUUGACGGAGAUGUCAAGGGGUUCGUCGUCGAUGAAGACGGCUUAGACGUGCUUUACUGGAGAAGUCUCGAAGGGGAAGACGUGAAGAACAACCUCAGUAAAGAAGUUCUCCAUAACAAUGUCGAAGAGAUAGAGAAAUGGAUGAUUUCUCGAAGUCUAAAGCGCAGGAAUUCACAGCCGCCGCCGGUGCAAGAAAUUCCUCUUCUCCGGGACGACUCUUCGUCUUUGCUACAUCAGGUUUGGCCGGAGGUCGAAGACGGAACUCUAGUUUCAGUUCCGGCAUCUGUUUUGGCGAUUCCACCACCUCCUCCUCCUCCACCGCCACCUCCACCGCUGCCUAAGCCUCCUGGUUCAGCUUCAUCAUCCAAGCCACCACCGCCACCGCCUAAACCGCCUGGUUCAUCUUCAUCGCCAAAGCGGCCACCGGCGCCUAAAGAUUUACCGAACAACAACAGUGGCAAUGGCGAUGGCAAUGGUCAGGUUAAGCUUAAACCCUUGCACUGGGACAAGGUGAAUCCAAAUAUUGAUGAUCAUUCGAUGGUUUGGCACAAGAUUGAAGGCGGUUCCUUCAGGUUUGAUGAUGAGCUUAUGCAAGCGAUGUUUGGAUACGUUGCAACCAGCCGAAAGUCCCCACAAAGGACUACUAGAAACUCGUCGAGCCCAGAGAAUGAGAGAUCAAAGCCUCCCUCGCAGAUUGUCAUCCUUGAUGCCCGGAAGUCCCAGAACACGGCGAUUGUGCUCCGGUCACUGGCCGUUUCCCGCCAAGAUCUCAUCGAUGCGCUUAUUCAAGGCCAGGGACUAAACGAGGACACAGUCGAGAAGCUAACCCGAAUAGCCCCCACAAAAGAGGAAGAAUCCGAGAUCCUUGCGUUUGCCGGGGACGCCACAAGGCUAGCCGAUGCUGAAUCCUUCCUCUUCCACCUCCUCAGAGCCGUUCCAUCGGCUUUUGCUCGCUUCAACUCCAUGCUUUUUAGGUCGAACUACGAUUCAGAGGUUGGACAGCUCAAGGUAUCUACGCAGACGCUCGAGCUAGGGUGCGAGGAGCUUCGGACAAGAGGGCUUUUCAUCAAACUUCUUGAAGCCAUCCUCAAGGCCGGGAACAGGAUGAAUGCUGGGACUUCCAGAGGAAAUGCUCAAGCUUUCAACCUUACUGCACUGAGAAAGCUCUCUGACGUUAGAAGCUCGGAUGGAAAGACCACAUUGCUCACCUUUGUAGUGGAAGAAGUGAUUCGAGCAGAGGGUAAACGAUGUAUUGUCAAUAGAAACCGCAGCUUAAAUCGAACCAACAGCAGCAACCAAAACUCUAAGAUUUCAACAUCAAAAGAUGACAGAGAGAGGGAAUACCUAAUGCUGGGGCUGCCAGUGGUAGGCGGCCUUAGUGCAGAGUUUUCGAAUGUGAAGAAGGCGGCAACAAUAGAUUAUGAUGCGUAUGCGAAAACGUACUUCGAUCUGGAAGCCCGGGUUGCUGAAAUUGAACAGCUUUUGACGCAAUGUGGCAAUGGGGAAGGAGGAGGAUUCGAAAGGAAGAUGAAGGGCUUCCUUGACGCGGCAGAGGAAGAGCUAAAGGCGGCGAAAGAAGAGCAAACAAGAGUGAUGCAGCUUGUAAGGAGAACAACAGAGUACUACCAAGCAGGGGCUUCCAAGGAUUUGGGGAAGCACCCACUUCAGCUAUUUGUCAUAGUUAGAGAUUUCUUGGGCAUGGUUGAUCAGGUGUGUGUCAACGUUUCUAGGAAUCUGCAGAAGAGGAAAACCUCGACAACCGGGGUUGGAUCGUCUUCUCCACCAUCCCCGGCAACUAGGCCUUCAGUGAAGUUCCCGGUUCUGCCAUCGAAUUUCAUGUCAGACCGGUCAAAGAGCAGUUCCAGCGAAUCCGACGACGAUGACGAUGAUCAUAGCUAAAGGAAAUCAACUCUUUGCAGCAGAGGGUUGUACAUAGAUUAGAUGAAUAUAGUAUUCCCAGGUACAGAAACAUAUAUAGAAUGAGUUGUUAUAGAUAUGUUGAUUCUUUUCAAACUGUGUUGUUGGUAUUUCAUUGCUUCCGUCAACUCGAAUUUUUUUGCUUUUCAUGCCCAUUGAAACAUGUCAAUAGUAGAAAGGGAAAGGAGGUCUGAAUUUACCAGUUGUUUCAUGUUCACUACAAAUGCAGAAAUCUGGGUUUCUUCUUCUUC